AUGGGGACCAGUUCACGAUCAGAUCCCCAGUACGACAGCCACGGAUGGAAGGUCCAGGAUGAGCGAGGCUACAGGAUCAUCGAGGAGCCGUUUGGAGCACGCCGAAAGUUGCGCGUCAUCCACAUCGGCGCGGGGGCGUCGGGCAUUUGCUUUUCAAAGUUCGCCCGGGACCGGCUGGAGAAUGUCGAGUUUCAGGUGUACGAAAAGAACGACGACAUAGGCGGUACGUGGCUCGAAAACAGGUACCCGGGAUGCGCCUGUGACAUUCCCUCUGUCUGCUACCAGUUCACGUGGGAUCGGAAUCCCGAGUGGUCGCAUUAUUAUUCGGAUUCCCCCGAGAUUUGGAGGUAUUUCAAGAGUGUCGUUGAAAGGCACGAUCUCAUGAAGCAUAUCAAGCUUCGUCACAAGAUCAUCGCAGCCAAGUGGGAGGAGCAGGAAGGCCUUUGGCAUGUCCGGAUUCGCGACGAGGAGCAGGAUCGCGAAUUCACCGACACCUGCAACGUUCUUGUCAACGGCGGCGGAAUCUUAAACAAUUGGAAGUGGCCCGAUAUCCCCGGCCUUCACUCGUUCCAGGGCGUGCUGCAACACAGCGCACAUUAUACCGAAGGGCUCGAUCUCAAGGGCAAAAGAGUCGCUGUCAUUGGGACUGGCAGCAGCGGGAUCCAAAUUGUGGCAAAGAUUGCCUACGAAGUGGACCAUCUCUACACAUGGGUUCGAUCACCGACUUGGAUCACCGCCGGAUUUGCGCAGAAGUUCGCCUCCAAUGGUGGUGGUAACUUUGAAUAUACUCCCAUCCAGAAGCAGCUCUUCAAGGAGAACCCAAAGCUGUACCUCAAGUACUCCAAGAUGAUUGAGUCCGAGCUGAACCAACGGUUCAAGUUCAUCUUGAAGAACACGCCCGAGUCCAAGGCAGCUAAAGAAUACGCAACAGCCGAGAUGAAGCAGAAACUCGCAAACAACCCGGAAUUGAUGGAGAAGAUGAUACCCACAGACUUUGACGUAGGCUGUCGAAGACCAACUCCCGGGAACGGAUUUUUAGAAGCGUUGAACCGGGAAAAUGUCACCGUCUUCACGAAGCUCAUGACGACCGUGACGCCGAAAGGGUUCAUCGACCAUACAGGCCAAGAACAUGAAGUCGACAUCAUAAUCUGCGCGACAGGAUUCGUCACGACGUGGAUCCCCAGAUUCCCAGUCGAGGCCAAUGGGACCACUCUGGCCAAACUCUGGGGCGAUGAAGCGCCGUCCUACCUCUCCGUGGCUCCUCCAAGCAUCCCUAACUACUAUAUGAUGGGCGGACCAUACGGACCACUGGGCCACGGCUCUUUCCUACCCAUCCUCGAGACCUUGGCUCGGUACAUUAUCCAGAUCAUCGACAAGAUGCAGACAGACCGGAUCAAGGCCCUCACGCCCAGGGCCGAAGCCAUCGCGCAGUUCAAGCAGCAUGCCGACCUCUUCCUUCAGAGAACGGCGUGGGUGUCCGGGUGCAGUAGCUGGUUCAAACAGGGACGCGUCGACGGCCCCUUGCCCAUGUUCCCCGGGAGUCGCCUGACGUACCUCAACAUCCUGGAGAAGCCGCGGUUCGAACACUACCAGAUCGAGCAUUGUAAUGAACUCAACAUGUUCGAGUUUCUCGGCGACGGCUUCGACGUUCGCGAGUUCGACGGCCGCGACCUGUCCUACUAUCUCGGACUCAUCGACGGAGAGGACGUCCAGAUCGAUUUGGAGGCUGAACUGUCUACCGAGAUGGCAUCACUCGUUCCUCAGGCAUCAGACACGUUGAAAGUGGACGAAUGA